UCCAAAAAAAAACAAUAGAACAUGCUCAAUCCAAUGACAAUGAGUUAAAGUUAAAGUUAAAGUUUUUCAUUCAGCUUUGAAUUAACAAAAUCUUCAAAUCUCACGAAUUUUAAAUUUCGCAUUCGGAAAAUCAAAUCCCUAGAAUCGAAAUUGAGCAAACUACAAACAAUGGCAGAAAAUCCUCCUCAAACGGUGUCGUUUAGUUCACAACCUUCUUCUUCUUCCUCUUCGCAGAAAUCGCCACAAGAUCUACCUCAGUCUCAGGUCCCGACAUUUUCCAAUUUACCGGCAUAUCCGGGUGGAUAUUAUCAAAUAUAUCCUGGCAUGCACCCUGCAUUGAUUCCAGGGUUGACUCCGCCACUAAUUGAGGAACAUGCGAACCGUGGAGCUGGCUUAUAUGCUGUUCCUGUUAAUCCUUUUGAUAGACAUGUUACUGGACUUCCGUACAACACUCUGAUUCCGUUGACUUACCGCACACCCACUAGACCAAGCUCUGAAGCUGCUGCUGGUGGUGAAAAUCAGGGGCAAGCAGGACAGCAACAGCAUCCUCAGCAGCAACAGCCUGCACCUCAGAGACAAGUUGUUGUUAGGAGAUUUCAAAUUGCAUUUCAAAUCGAUCUGCUACUUAUGUUGAAACUGGCAGCUGUGAUCUUUUUGUUCAAUCAAGAUGGAUCGAGACAGCGGCUUGCUGUCCUUGUUGUAUUUGCUGUUAUUGUAUAUUUAUACCAAACUGGAGCUCUGACACCGAUUAUAAGAUGGCUUUCACAAAAUAUGCAAAGAGCGGCAGCACCUCCUCGUCCACCAAGACCUGCAGCUAGGGCUGAAAAUGUACCUCCAGCAAGGCCGGAGGCUGACAAUGCUGCUCCAGCAGAGGGUCAACCUGAAGCUGCCGUUGGGAACCAGCCUGAUAAUGAUGCAGACCGUGCAAUUGAGAAUGAGAACGAGAACAUCCCAGAAGCUGCUGGUGGCAGAGGCAAUGGUGGCAACCAGUGGUGGGGCAUUGUAAAAGAAAUCCAGAUGAUUGUUUUUGGAUUUAUCACUUCCCUACUCCCUGGGUUCCACAAUCACAUGGAUUGACUUAUGGCCUAUAGCAGCAUGCCAGAAAAUAGCAGAGGGUUUUCCGAAAUAAGAUGUAUAGCAACAGAAGUUUCAAGCGUCUUAAUUAAUACAUAGUUAGGUGCAACUAUAAUUCAGUGAAAAUCAAAAGUAUGGUGAUAAUUUAUAGGGUGCCAUUGCCAUUUUUGUAUCAUUACUUGGAUUGUUGAUAGAACUGUUUUUAUGGCUUCCAUGCCACAAGGAAGUGAUUUGUACUUCAGAGGGGCAGUAGUUAAUCCACCCCUGGUGUCUAUUUAUGAUCGUCAGUGUUUGAUAAGUUGUUUCUUUCCAA